UUUCAGACCGUGAAGAGAAAGGGAGAGAGAAACACAGAGCCAUAAAAUUUUCGCAUCUGAGAGAGAGAGAGAGAGAAAGUGAAGGAGAGAGAAAGUAGUCGAAGCACUCCUCAGACCAGAUCUGGUGCUGUCGAUACCAGUUUCAGGUUCGAUUCGGGUUCUCUCUCUCGCAGAAAGUACAAAAUGUCUGGUCGCCAUGAGAAGGAGAAGGGCGUCAAUGUCCAAGUUCUUCUUCGUUGCAGGCCAUUUAGCGACGACGAGUUGCGGAGUAAUGCGCCGCAGGUUCUUACUUGCAAUGAGUACCAGAAAGAAGUUGCCGUGUCGCAGAACAUUGCCGGGAAGCACAUAGAUAGGAUUUUCACCUUCGAUAAGGUGUUCGGUCCUUCUGCUCAGCAGAGGGAUCUUUACGAGCAAGCGGUGAUUCCAAUUGUGAAUGAAGUUUUGGAAGGCUUCAAUUGUACAAUCUUCGCCUACGGUCAAACCGGCACAGGGAAGACUUAUACUAUGGAGGGUGAAUGCAAAAGAUCGAAGAGUGGGCCCAAUAGAGAACUGCCUCCUGAGGCUGGAGUUAUUCCUAGGGCUGUUAAGCAGAUAUUUGAUACCCUCGAGAGCCAGAAUGCAGAGUACAGUGUAAAAGUAACUUUUUUAGAGCUUUACAAUGAGGAGAUCACUGAUUUGCUUGCCCCCGAAGAAAUUUCGCGAGUUGCUUCAGAGGAGAAGCAAAAAAAGCAGUUGCCUUUGAUGGAGGAUGGGAAAGGUGGAGUCCUUGUAAGAGGCUUGGAGGAGGAAAUUGUUACAAGUGCAAGUGAGAUUUUUACCCUACUAGAAAGAGGGUCGGCAAAACGACGCACUGCAGAAACUUUGUUAAAUAAGCAAUCCAGUCGGUCACACUCUCUCUUUUCUAUUACAAUUCACAUUAAGGAAGCAACACCGGAAGGCGAAGAAUUAAUCAAAUGUGGAAAACUGAAUCUUGUUGACUUGGCUGGUUCAGAAAAUAUAUCACGCUCAGGUGCUCGGGAGGGUCGUGCUAGAGAAGCUGGAGAAAUUAACAAAAGUUUACUGACUUUAGGACGAGUAAUAAAUGCUCUGGUAGAGCAUCUUGGGCAUAUCCCCUACAGGGAUAGCAAGCUCACAAGGUUACUUCGUGACUCACUUGGAGGGAGAACCAAGACAUGCAUCAUAGCCACAGUUUCACCAGCAGUGCAUUGUCUUGAGGAAACCUUGAGUACACUGGAUUAUGCACACAGGGCAAAGAAUAUCAAGAAUAAGCCCGAGGUGAAUCAAAAAAUGAUGAAAUCAACGCUUAUCAAGGAUCUUUAUGGUGAAAUUGAUCGGCUUAAGGCAGAGGUAUAUGCUGCACGUGAAAAAGUUGGUGUCUAUAUCCCAAAGGAACGAUAUUAUCAGGAGGAGAGUGAAAGGAAGACCAUGGCUGAUCAGAUUGAGCAAAUGGGGGUUACAAUAGAAACCAACCAAAAGCAACUUGAGGAAUUGCAAGAAAAGUACAAUGCCCAGGUUCAACAAUGCAGUGAUUUGAGUUACAAACUUGACGCCACUGAGAAAAGCUUAAAUCAAACCUCCAGACUACUCGUCCACACGGAGGAAGAGUUGAGAAAAUGUCGAUAUGCUCUGAAGGAGAGGGAUUUUGUUAUUUCUGAACAAAAAAAAGCAGAAAAUGCACUGGCUCAUCAGGCAUUCGUUUUACGAUCCGACCUGGAGAAGGCACAUCGGGAUAAUGCUUCAUUGUUUAUGAAAAUCAGUAGAGAGGACAAACUGAGCGCUGAUAAUAGAGCUGUGGUGAACAAUUACCAAUUAGAACUUGCACAGCAAAUUAGUUCUCUUAGCAACUUCGUUGAGAAAUCCUUGUCUAGUCAGAAAGGACACAUUCAGUGUGUUCAGAAACUCUGCCACACCUUUUUACAUGCACAUGAAAAGGCUUUUGUGGACUUGAAGAAGAAAGUUAAAUCUUCAAGGGCUUUAUAUCUUUCUCACAUAGAGGCUGUGCAAAAUGUUGUUCGUUUACAUAAGGCCAGCUCAGUUGCCGGUUUAGAGGAAAUUUCGUCUUUGGCUUCUUCUAAUGCACAAUCUAUUGAAGAAUUUCUAGCAUCAGAGGCCGGGAAAGCAUCUUCAAUAUUUGAGGGUCUUCAGAGUUCUCUUUCUACGCAGCAUGGUGAAAUGGCACUUUUUGCAAGGGAGCUGAGACAGAGAUUUAACGCCACUGCUGAGCAACUAAAGGACAUAUCUGAAUAUUCCCAAGGAUUUCUGCAAGGGCUUUAUGAUGAAAGAAAAAAGCUUGAAUCUCAUGUGACGGAAGUUAAUGAAACCAAAAUGAAGACUAUUGCCGAUUUUCAGAAGGCUUUUGAGGAGCAAUCAAAAUCAGACGCAGAGAAGCUCAUUGCCGAUAUUUCUAGUUUGGUUAGCAAUCACAUUUGUCGUCAAAAGGAAAUGGUCGAUUCCAGGCUUGUUGGUUUUAGAGAAAGUGCAAUUGCAGACAAGGAAUUCUUGGAUGGUCAUGUUUCCUCAAUGGAGGGUAUUACAAACGAUGCAAAAAGAAAAUGGCAAUCAUUUUCAACGCAAGCUGAAAAUGAUGCCAAAGACGGUGCUGACUACUCUGCCACAAAGCAUUGCCGUAUGGAAGUACUUCUACAGCAGUGUGUAAGUACAGCUGAUUCUGCUUUCAAGCACUGGAAAAUGACACAGGAGUCGGUAAAUGAGAUGGGCACAAAACAUGUUUCUGCUAUUACAGCGCUUAUCAGUAAUGCUUCUGAUGCUAAUGAGCAACAUGACGCCGAGAUCAAUUCUGCAAGAGUUGCAGCUGAGCAAGAUGUCGCAAAGGACAAUGAGGAUGUGCUUCAGCAUGUCGAUGGAGUAUCUGAACAGGAACGGGGAUCGAUAUCUGAAGUCAUGGAAACCGUCAGAGCUCAUUCGAGUACGCUAGAGACUGUUCGGGAGGAACACUCCGGCCAUGCUACUUGCAUUGAGGAGAAGGCACGGGAAACCUUCCUGGACAAUUAUAUGGAUUAUGAACCUAGUGGCAAUACACCUGUAAGGUGUGAGCAGGAUAUUCCGAGCAAAGGGACGAUUGAGUCGCUUCGAGCGAUGCCAAUGGAGGCUCUUCUUGAGGAAUUCCGAGAAAACCAUUCGUACGAGUCAUUUGAUGGCAAAGACUUGAAACCGUCGCUCAUACCACGCUCACCCCUCACACAAAUCAACUGAUACUAUUAUUCUUUUUCCCCCGGUUUUAGCUCAUUUUGUUGUAUGGAAUUGAGAACGGUAUUUGUAUAAUUAGUGUAUACCGUGAUUAUUUUCCUUAUAAAAUUGUUAGAUGAUUUAGUAGAUGGUUGAGGGUGAAUCCUUGCUCAUUUCUAGUUGAGGGGUGUCAAUAAAUCCCAUCUUGGGAUUUGGCAAUCUGUAGCUCUAAAGGGAAUGUAUAUUGAGGCAGGAUACUACUGUGGUUUAAUUUUUAUUCCCUGAAACACUCUUCUGUUCUUCCAUUUCCUUUAAAUG